AGAUUGUGGGAGGAAUGACCCAAUCAUGAUGCCACAGCCAUGCCCCACUUCACGCCCGGGUCACCAAGGAGGGAGUGCCUGGCUGUCGGCCAACAUUAGAAGGCGUGCCAACAGAAUUAUUACCAGCCUGGAUUUAGAGAUAUUUCAUCUGAAAAAUCUUCUGCACAACUGACAGUCCACUCCAGCUGAUCAACCAUCUUCAUGAAGAUGAACAGAAUCCAUUGUAACACCGUUUAGACACGACUUCCAGAUGUUGUUCCAGAUGCAGAGUUUCCAUGCAGGAGGAAUUGUGCACGGAGUGACACAAAGGUGGUGUGUGGCUCAGCUUCUUGAUUCACACACAUAAAAGGAACCUCAGAAACUGUAGGAUGCCUCUUUCCUGCGGAGCAUUUUGAUUUGCCUCCUGGUGUUUGGACCUAUUUGCAAAGAAUAAAAAUAAAAGUAAUUUAAAACGUCUUUACUUGCAACUGUACAACCAUGCGGCACAUUCACGUGGAGUUGGCCAACAAAAAGGCUCCGCUGGAUCUUCCAGCGCAGGAGGGGGACCUGCCGCCUUCUGCGUCUCCAUCAAAUGGAUUAAACUCUGCAGUAAAAGCGGGCGCACCUAGGCACUUUGAUCAGGAGGAGUUGCGUCUUCAAAAGGUCUACCAGCUGUCCAUUUUCUCCCAGAUGGGGGGUUUUUCCGCCUCCACAGGAUCCCACACUGAAGCCCAACAGAAACCAGGCCGGUUAGGUGUGAAAAGGGGAAUAGAAGAUACUCAGUUGUCUCACAAGCGCUCCCACCUUGAGGACAAAUCAGACAGUGAGUUGCUGGAGGGACGGGUGUUAUGUGGCUCCGUCCCAGCUCAAAGUGUUGGGAUGGGGUCAGCGACUGGGCCUGGGUGGUCUGACUCUCCAUACACCUGCACGCAGGUGGAGCACAGAGACUCCGAGGGCAGCUUGUCACCCAAGUCUCCUCCACUCUCCCCAAGCCACAACCCUCCCUCCCGACGCCCAGCUCACAACAAUCAUGACCGGCCCAUCCUGGAUGCGUUUGCUCCACUCUCACCCAAAUCAUCCCCAAUGUGCGACCCACAUGGGCACGCCUGUGACCAGGGCCUCUCCAACGGAAGCUCAGUAAGGACUGAUAUGAUUAACGKGGGCCGCACGCCUACCUUCUCAAUAGGUAGCCCAGUACAUGACAGUUGUAGUAAUGGCUCGUCUGGGGGCCAGCUCAGCCCCCACUUAUAUGAAAUGUCUCCAAAUCCUGCCAGCCCCACCAGUCCGCCUGGCCCUUUCUCACCUCCACACCACACGGAAAUGCAGGAACCAGGGGAGGCUACAGAGUGGGGCGUUGGACUUGAAUCCUCUCCACCUGAGCGAAGUGCCACACAAGCUGCCAGCACGUCUAAUGGUCUGGCUUCCUGGGAGAAAACUCCCAUCAGUAAUGGCCACCGUCUGUAUUCUGGAGGCCACUGGCCAGCUAAGAAAAGGUUGCUGUCCCCAAGUGAUGCAUCAGAAUCCUGCUCAGAGGAUGAAGGACCUUCUACUUCUAAGAGAAGCCGUCUGUCUUUGUUAACUUCUGGACUAGGCCCGGCUUCUUGUCGUAGUACUGAUUCCAAAGCCGCACCCUACUGGAACCAUCUGCUGCCCACUGCUCGGGAUCGGCCCAAGACUGCUAUAGAUUGCACAAGAUCAGGGAGACGACUAAAGAAUGGCUUGCGAUUAAAAAGUCGGCAGCUGCGCAGCGGCAGGCAGACCGACACCGGACGAUCCACACGUUCCUCUUCCAUCAGCAGAUCACUACUCGGCAACUUUGAGGAGUCCAUACUAAAGGGUCGAUUUUCCCCAUCAGGGCAGAUUGAAGGCUUCACGGCAGAGAUCGGUGCCAGCGGCUCCUACUGUCCGCAGCACGUCACCCUACCUGUGCAGGUUACAUACUACGACAUCUCCGAGCACAGCGCACCCUCCCCCUUCCUGGGGGUGAUAUCUCUCGAACCUAUUGGAAAAAAAGGAUACAGCAUACCCAAAGCAGGGACCAUUCAAGUGACCUUAUUUAAUCCCAACAAAACUGUGGUAAAAAUGUUCCUGGUAACGUACAACUUCGGAGACAUGCCUGUCAAUCACAUAACCUUCCUGCGCCAUCGUAUCUUCCUGGUGCCCGUGGAGGARGGCGCUGAGGGGAAAGGAGAGGCGUCUCCGGGGGGCGGGGUGCUGGACAGGAAGAAGAUUCUCUGCUACUUGAUACAUCUCAGAUUCCAGAGCUCCAAAUCAGGGAAGAUUUACUUGCACAACGAUAUCCGGCUGCUAUUUUCCCGCAAAUCCAUCGAGGUGGAUACCGGGAUUCCAUAUGAGCUGAAAUCUUUCACCGAGGUGCCAAGAAACCCUAAAUACUCCCCCCGUAUGUGACCCCUUCCUGACCUUUAGAAGCUCUCCAAUACAAACGCAGCCUCUUUGUUGCUUCCUGAAGGAGUGGAACGGGAAACGAAACGGACUGCAGGAAUUAUGGACACGGAACUUGAGAAGAGUUGAUGAGAAAACAACACAAGCACACAAGACACAUACAGUGUUGGUCACUGAAAAAGUCCCCCUUUUCACUGCGUUGAUAUAUUUUUUAUUGGAGAUUCAGAGAGGAUAUAAAAAAGUCCACUCAAACGUGACAGUCACUGAAAAUGUAAGGAAAAAAAAAACAAGGAUGCAAUCAAAAGCAAGACUUUUUCAGUGCCUUCACCUGUACAAGGAAAAAAAUGCACAAAUCUUUACUCAAACAUUACACACAAAAACAGACUGAAGCGUAUCGCAUCGGGGRAAAAAAACAACCGAGCAAGAACACUUUUCAUGACAACUCUCAGUUUGAGUGUUAACAUGCAUGCCUUGUGACUGAAACACCUGAAUUAUCCUCUAGUGCCGUUUCACACUGUCCUUCACUCUGCCUGCAGCAUCUACUGCCCCAUUGACCAAAACCAUUUAAAAUUUGUUUUAAAAAUAAAAUGGCAACAAAGGCCACAAAGUAAUCUGUGGGAUCAGAAGAUUUUUAAAUCUCUAAAAAAUGAGAAGAUGCAAACAAACUUUAAAAAUCAAGGGCUGUAAUACAAACCAGCAACUUUAAUCGAUAUAUUCUUCCAUUUCAAAAUGAUCAAAUCAAUACAUUGACCUAAUUUGACAAGACUCUGGACGUCUGUUGAUGAAUAAAUUAUCCUUUCACUAUUUUACCUGCUGCAGUACAAACCACUGUGUACACAUAAAAAAACAGAAACCCUGUUAUUUUUAUGUAGUCAGACUGAGGGACAUUGUGCUGUUUUCUUUUUUUUUAGGUUGUGUUCAUAGCAGUCUGAUGUUGGAGUAAAUAACUGGCAUAAAAAAAGAGAAAAAAGACAAACUGUAGUAUUAUUAAUUUAUGUUUUCAAAAAUGUCUUAUUAAGCAAUAUGCUGCACAAAGUAGAGUGUGUUUUUCAGCUUGGACAAGCU